AUGAGGAUCAUUGACAUUGCAUGCUGGGAAGUUUUAAAUGUGGAAGGCGAGUGGGCCUACAAUGGCAAGAGUGCUCCAAGAGACGGUUCAAAAAUAUGCGUUCACAUAACCAACGAGUGCUGCUCAUGCGAGAUAGAGCUGCUUGAGUCACGGUAUCUAGUAUGUGAAGCUGAGGAAACUGUAGUUUUUGGAGAGGCUGUCUCGGCAUUUGACCGGUCUCUGGAAUUGGCCCUUUCAGUGAUGAAUGAUGAGGAAACAGCCCUCAUCAAUAUCAAACUGCCAAGAAAAUUUGUGGAUGAUAAUACAGACAGUGAUGACAUCACAUUCACUUGCCAGUUAAGCCUGAAGAUCAUAGAAAAUGCAAAGCUGAUAUUUGAGCACAGCCCAGAAGAGAAAAUGGCCAAGGCCAUUAGGUACAAGAACCUAGGCGUUGGCCUGUAUAAAGAGGGCAGUUUUUCAAAGCAAGUCUCAGCCUUUUUCAUGUUCAGCCAGUCUGUGAAGUGGCUGGUAACAAUCAAUACAGAGGAAGCACAAAGCAGCCUGGCUGAGAUCAAGGCAAUCAAGAUGCAUUGUUACAACAACCUGGGGCUUUACCAUUUGCGCAACAAUCAGUAUCGACUGGCUGUGGCAGCCACAGUGACUGUCCUUAAUGAAGACCCUGACAACAUCAAAGCCCUUUACCGGCGCUCUGUGGCAAACACUGAGCUGCAAAACUAUGAAAAGGCUGAAGAAGACAUUCAGGCAGCUCUUGUGCUUGAUCCUAACAACACCCUCAUCAAGAAGCAGAUGGAAAUUCUCAAGAAACGGCAAAAGAUGCUUUCUCACAAGUAUGCCGAGGCAAUGAAAAAAUAUUUUGCCUAAAAGGAGGGUCUAAAUAUGUUCACUAAAUAUAGAAUUAAGAGCAAAUCUUUUCUCCAUAUUGCAAAGGUACACCACCAGCUGAUGAAGGGUUUGUUCAAAUGCAAAGGGUUAAGCCUAGCCAGUACAAUAGACUGAAUUAAAGAAUUUUAAUACAAGGAAA